GCAGCGUGAAGCGAGGAAAACGAAAAGGAGAGUUAGGUAAUAGGAUUAGUGGAGUAAGAGCAAGGACAGGGAAGCAGGCAGAGUGAGAGGCGGGAUACACCUGACUGAAGAAGGGAGGGCGGCUUCUCUGCGAGCUGCACACAGACACACACAGACACGCACUCACAGUGCUAGCAAGCAGGCGAAGGCAGUUAGCCAGCCAGCAGAGAGCCUGCCAGCAGCCAUGACAGACACUGACUCUCUGUGUGAGGCGUUAAAAGCUAUUAGUGUGAGUACAGAGCUGAUUGAAGAAGAGCUCAAGCCUCAUUUGGAUACAGUGCUGGCUGCGCUGCUAGAAAAGAAGAAAGAUGCUGCUAUCGACGUUGCCAAAAGUGGGAUUCUACCCAUACUGGCUCAGGCCUUACAGAGAAAAAGCAGUCUGAGCUGCCAGGUGGCUUUGGUGGUGGCAGAGAUGGCCCGAGAAGCUGCAGUGAGGGAGCCAUGCAUCGAGGCAGGCCUGGUGAAGGUGUUGGUUCCACAUCUGAACAGCGAUAACCAAGAAAUGCUGCUGAACUCCGGCAGGGCCAUUGGGCGCAUCUGCUUUGACAACUCAUACCAGCAGGACCAGUUAGUCCAGAGUGGUGUAAUCCCCAGACUCGUUUCCAUAAUGAGGGAGUAUCCUGGCAAUGAUCCACUGGUCAAUGUCUGUCUGCUGGCCUUGUGUAACCUGGCAGACAUGGACUCUGCAAGGGAGGCGCUGGCACAGCUGGAUGUUGCAGAUGUACUGAUAUUUCAGCUGAAACAGGCCCCUGAUGCUGAACGCCGACAUGUCAUUUUGGAAAUCCUGGGCUCUCUGGGAGAGAGCGAUACUCUGAAACUACAGUUUGCAGAGUCAGGAGUCCCAGAAGCUUUAUCCGAGAUGAUUCGGAGUCUGCAGGGAGGGUCUGACCCACAUGACCUCUGCAGCAUCAAGAUUGCCUCCAACUUAAUGGUGUCCCUGCUUUUAGGGGAUGAGUCCAUGCAGAAGUGUUUUGGUGAAGGAUCAGGUCUGGUGUACCAGGAUGUUCUGUCAUGGCUCCAGAGCUCCAACACCCAACUGCAGCUAUCGGGAGCGCUUGCCAUCGCCAACUUCGCCAGGAAUGACAGUAACUGUGUGAAGAUGCUGGACCUCGGAGUGGUUCCUCACAUCCUGACAUUGUUGGAGCAGCACGUAGAUGAAGGAGACGUAUCUGUUCAACAUGCUGGACUAAGCGCGCUCAGAAACCUUGCCAUUCCUGCCACCAACAAAGUGCGAAUGCUGGAGGACGGGGUAACUGACAGAAUAAAGACACUGCUGCGCUCUGACAUGCCCCCAGUUCAGUUCAAACUGCUGGGUACUCUGCGUAUGAUGGUGGACGGACAUGAGGAAGCUGCGCUAGUGCUGGGGAGAGAUGCUGACCUACUGGAUCGGAUCAUGGAGUGGUGCGAAGCCAAAGAUCAUGCAGGAGUCAGAGGAGAAGCCAGUCGCCUGCUGGCUGCUCUCAUCAGACAUAGUCAGAACUCUGAAGUUGUCCGUGAGGUAGCCAGAGCCAAUGGAAUUCGGCAUCUUAUUUCUAUGGCAUCAAGUGAACAUGUCAUCAUGCAGAAUGAAGCCCUGGUUGCCCUGGCAAUUGCAAGUGCCAUUGACAUUGAGUCUAUGAAGGAUCCAUUUCGGGAGGCAGACCUGUUACCCAUGCUGAAGAAGAUGUUGGAGGAUCCUGUGGGAGCGGUCGAGGUCAAGUUCAGUGCUUUAGGUCUCAUUUGCAGCCUGGCUAACUCCAGUGUCAUGAAGGAGGAGUUGAACUCUGUGAAUAUGAAGGAAAGCAUCAGUAAACUCACAGAUCAUAGCAGCAGUAAACUUGCCUCACAGGCCAGCUCCAUACUGACCAUCCUGGGUGACACCAGCUAAACCAGCAUCCUGCAGCAACAGGGGACCCAUCAGCUGUAUGGAUUUAUCGAGCUUGUUCAGUGGCAUACUUAAAUGACAGAUAUUUUACUGCACAAAUAUUGCAAAGUAUUGAACUGGCUUCUUGUCACCUGUUCUGUAAAAAUUAAGGGCCCUUUUUAGUCCCGGUGUGUGCAUGUGUGGCAGGCAACAGAUUAUAGGAGUAUUUGAGUUGCUCGUUUGAUUUGCUCUUUUGUUUAAAAGAAGAAACAUUAUAUUUACACUGCACAAUUCAGACAUCAUCUAAGCUCAUUUAUUUAGGUUUUCCUGUAGUAGUAAUGAGAUUGCCUAAGAGUCGUAUCAGCACAGCCUCGGGUAUAUUUGCAGCGUGUUCUGCUGCACAUUUAUGAAUCAGAUGGUCUGCUAUGAGUGUGCAUAUGGGGCUCAAAGGUAACGACUGAAUGAAUAGCCACAGAAAAAGUAUCCAGUCUCAGGCAGUCAUGUACUAUGACUAGAAACAUUGUAGACAUUUCACAAAGAUAGCAAAAAGAAAGGGUAAGAGGGCAGGUAAAGUUAACUGGAGAACACACGUUAGGUGUACCAAGUUUUACAGUACUCUGGACCAAAGUGGGUGGAUGGAGAAAUUUACUAAGAGCCACCUGAUGGAGGCACAUGUGCAGACAAAGUUACGAAUAAAACCUCAGUGCUAAUAUUUGUAACUUCAGUACCAGGUCAUUGGCAAAGAUUUUAUUAUAAUAUAUGUUAAUAUUAUAUAAAGUGUAAUUGAAUAUUACUGAAUGUGAGCAUCACAGUGGUGCAGUGGAAGCUCUUUCUGUGUUGCCUUACAGAAGGCGAUUCCAGGCUUCUAAUCUAAUCCAAGUGCUGCACAGGAAGUAGGAUGUCAGUAAACAGUACAAAUAAUUUAAGAACAAUUUAAAUACUCGGGGUGGGGGGUGGUGGGGUGGGGUACACCCUGGACAGGUCCCCAGCCUGACGCAGAGAUAAGUAAUAAUGUAGAAAUUAUCAUAUUAAAUGAAAGAAAUGCACUGGGAAAAAUGAGACAAUAAACUGGAACUAGUCUGAAGCCAAGAAAGCUGAUGAGAAGACGACUGUCUUUGGGUGAACAAAAACCAAGUAUUUAUAAUUCUCAAAAUUGAUGAACAGAUGAGGCUUUAAGCUGCCGACAGUGCUGGUUAGGGCGGGAAGUGAAACAUGCUCAGACUGAGUACAUACACCAGUGAAGAGCAGAAUUCAUCAGAAAGUAUUUGUGUUAUUGAGGCCUUGACAGCCUCCUGAUGUUUGUUAAAAUUUCAUAAGACUCUGGAAGCUCUCCUGCACUGAGUGCCCUUCAUUUAAGGCGGUAUGACCUCAAAGGACAGCAGUGCAGACAGCGUUAAAAGAAUGUAGAGAUAGAGCUUCACACUUCAGCACAUAUUCUGCAAAUGGGCGAAGCCAACUGAUCAACAAUGUUCAAUUUGAUUAGGGAAGAGAGUGCAGCAUGGUCGCGACUCUUACUUCAGUAACAUUGAUUUUAAAAAGUGCUGGCACGUGUUGAGAGAAAGUAGCAUCCUCAGCGUUGCAGAUACACACAGAUUUGACAAGUAAAAGAACCAAAUCAAGUGUCUCAGCUCGUAUGACCUACGCAUGUGCUGGUGAGCAGAUACUAAAGGGGACCAAUCAUAAAAUCACCAAGAAUGAAAAUAUUGAAGUCAGGUAAAAAUUUCAGUGAGAAAGCAAAGAAAACCUUUGCUGGGCUCCUCUGGAGGCUUCUGAACAGGGAGGGGUAAUUCCUCAACAGGUUGACCAGCCAGCUUUGCCAAGUAUGGAGAGUGAGAAUCCUGCUGUUAGAUAACUGCCACUUCUAAUUUGGCCACAGGUCGUGUGCGUAGUUGUCUGUCUCUGUGUGUUAGCCCUGGCGACCUGUUCAGGGUGUACCCCGCUUCUCAACAUAUGUGGGAUAGGCUCACACCCACCACGGCCCUAAAUUGGGAAAUCAUUAGAAAAUGGAUGGAUAGGAUGUUAUUGAAUAUGCAGCCAGAAUAGUUUACCAAACAAAUUGACCUUUUUCUUAAUAUCCCAAAGGUAAAGAAGUGACGUGUGUUUGGAUCACUGAUUAAAAGAAACUUUGACUAUAUCAAGGAACUUUUUUUGCCAUGCUGGUGAUAUGAAGUGUGAUUAUUCUGAGCAAUAUUGUUUGACCUAAAGUAGUUUUAUUUUAAUUACUCCAGUAACAAAACGACCUACUGGAUAAAUGGUAAAUAAAUGGUAAAUGGCCUGUAUUUAUAUAGCGCUUUACUAAGAUUGUGAUGUACAAGUGAAUGUGCGAUGCUCUGGUUUGUCUGUAUUGUGGCAGGUGAGGUGAUGUUUCUAUUUAUUUUCUGAUAGGUUGAACCUGUUGAAGAUGACACAGAUUACGUUUUAUAAUAAGCCUAUCAGCUACCACCACUUCAAACCAGGCUGUCUGUCAAUCACCAGUGAUAUUCUGAUGAGUGGACUCAAACAUUAAAAGGGUGUUCAUAAACUUGCUUUAUGGCAUAUACCCUUCCAAUAAGAACUGCAACAGAUGUAAAUGAUGAACAUACAAAUAACAGCAACAAAGAAAGAAUCUGAGAACAUAGCCUCUGGGUAUGAGGUGUUUCUGAAAGAUCACAUUUAUCUACUCAACAUAGUUUUAUUUAUAUAGCACCAACUGAGAGUUUCCUCAAGGCGCUCUAUAUCGUAAGUUAAAGACCCAGAUGAACAUGUCUUGAUGCAUGCUCAAUCAUCGAAGUAAGGAUAGUUGAUUCUGUUCCUCAGGACGUAGCAUGUUUUUUAGUCUGAGAAACUCAUCCAGGUGACUUCUUCAGUCUCAGCUGACUGCUGGUUUCCCCAGUCUUAGAAACAGUAACAUUUGUAUAAUGACUGAAACCAGCACCACUGAUGAACAAUGGGCUGUGAGGUCAGUUUCUUGAUCACUGAUGUGCAAAUUGUCAUGACCAUUGAUCAACAACCACUGAUCGAAGACCAUGAGUACCAUUCACAGAGAGUUGGGGAAUGUCUGCAAUCACAGCAUUGUAAGAUGGUGACAGAUGUCUGUGAAGGUUCUCAGGUCAUCCAGGUUAUCGUAGUCUAGGGAGCUUGGAAAGAAAAACGUCUGGACUUCUUUAAGUUUCUUGAAGACCGAGUCCAGAUGCUUUUCUUUCCAAGCUCCUUAUAGGGACAGAUGUACCCUUGAUGGUCUUUCCCUUUUCACAUAAAUGUCCUCCUUGAUUCCCCGCUCAAACCAGCGUUCCUCCCUGUCCACUUUCCGGUACUCAUGGUCUUUGAUGACCAUGGCAAAACUAUACCAGGACAUUUAAUGUUGGUUUUUACUUGAAUUUGUCGCUGUUUUGUUUGUGUCAUGUCACAGUGCUGGCUGAAGCACUUAACAUAUUUAGGAUUGCAGUCAUGUUGUAUGACUUAUAGAAAAGCUCUACGAUUGAAGACUUCCUAGUGGUCAUGUCAUGUUUUUGUAACUAGAAAAAUUAGAAUAAAAAAAGUAAUGUGACGUGAAGGUAGCAUUUCCCAGAGCACAAUGGCAACGUUCUAUCAGCAACACAGCUCUAGUAUCGUCUGCCAAUGCUAACACCACUCAGUGUUACAGAAACAUUUAUAUAUAGUUAAAAAAAAAAGAAAGAUCCAAAUCAUUUUAUUUCAAAUGGAUGCAUUUGUAGAAUAAAAUAUGUAUAUGUAUAUAUAUAUAUAUAUGUAUAUAUAUAUAUAUGUGUAUAUAUAUACAUAUAUAUAUAUAUAUAUAUAUAUACAUAAAAAAAAAAAAGUAUGUAUAUGUAUAUAUGUAUAUACACAACAAAUGAACUGCCUGUUGGACAAUGCCACUGUUAUGCAUUCUUGUAGGGUCUACCUUACAAUAUAAAGUACCUUGAGGCGACUGUUGUUGUGAUUUGGCGCUGUCUAAAUGAAUUUACUCUCAUCCAUGUUUUGAAUUUUACAGAUUACUCAACAGACAAAUGGGGCUCAAGCAUAACAGCAAUAUCCAUACCUACACUUCAUUUUAAAGGAAGCAUAAUGUGAAGAAGGUAUUCGUUACACUGCACUUUUUAACAUUUGUAUAUAAACUAAACAAUCAUUCUUAUGUAGUAGCAACACUUUUUCAGUGUGCAUCUGUAGCUGGAUCAUUUUGGGGAAGUGGCUAGCAUGUGUGUUCUGUACAACAUAAAGUGAUAAUGUGCUGAUGGGCGUGAAGCACACUUUUGCUGUGAUGUUUAAUGUAAUAUUUGUGUGAAAGUAUGUUCUGGAUGUAACUACAAAUCACUCAACAUUUGUGAACAGAUCUGUAUUUAUAGGGAGGGCAUUUUUUUUGGCCUUUUAGAAGCUUUGUUCUAGAGUGAAAACAAUAAAGUUAUACAGUGUCUUCCUC